CGUUGGCUCCCACACUAUUUAAACAGAGGGCUAUAGACCGGCGAGGAUCCAUAAGAUCAGCCAGGAGGCAGAGCGUGGGGGAGGAAGAUGCCCCACCAAUAAUAAGUUGCUGGGACAGUUAGUUAACCUGCCAAACACCCUAAAAAAUCAGCCACCCAACAACCGAGAGAAAACCAGCAGCUCCUUCUAACCCCACGGGCUACUGAUCUCUGUAUUAAAGUGUGCAGGGGGAGGAGGUUGGUAGCACUUUCUUGUUCUGUGCAGGGCACCCAGGGGGACUCGGAGACAGCGGCGAGAGGGGGGAGGGAGCUCACUGCUAUUGAAACAAUGCCAUCCUUCUUCUUACUUAGCGUCCCCUGCAUCCUGGUGGCUUGGAUGCUGCUGGCAAGCAGCGGCAGCAGCAGCCCCGACGAGGAGAAGCUGGUCACGGUCCUGGUGCUGCUGCCCAAGGACAACUCUUACCUGUUCUCCCUGGCCAGGGUCACGCCCGCCAUCGAGUACGCCGUGCGGAGCCUGCAGGAGAACGGGACCUGCCUGCCGGGCUACCGCUUCGAGCUCAUCUACGAGGACUCCGAGUGCGGCAACCGGGCGCUCUUCAGCCUGGUGGACCUGGUGGCCCUGAAGCAGCAGAAACCGGACCUGCUGCUGGGGCCCGUCUGCGAGUACGCGGCUGCCCCGGUGGCCCGGCUGGCCUCCCACUGGAACCUGCCCAUGAUCUCGGCUGGGGCGCUGGCCACCGGCUUCAGCACCCGGACGGGCGAGUUCUCGCACCUGACCCGGGUCUCGCCCGCCUACUCCAAGAUGGGCGAGAUGUUCCUGGCCCUGUUCCGGCACCACAAGUGGAGCCGGGCCACCCUGCUCUACAGCGACAACAACCAGGAGCGCAACUGCUACUUCACCAUGGAGGGGGUGCAUGUGGUCUUCCAGGAGGAGGCGUUCCCCAUGGCCGUGCACAGCUUCGACGAGAGCGGCCGGUACUUGGACCUGGAUGAGAUCGUGCGCGCCAUCCAGGCUGGGGAGCGAGUUGUAAUAAUGUGUGCCAGCAGUGACACAAUAAGGAACAUCAUGCUAGCUGCUCAUCGACAAGGAAUGACCAAUGGGGACUAUGCUUUCUUCAAUAUUGAACUCUUCAACAGCUCGUCAUAUGGAAAUGGCUCGUGGAAGAGAGGAGACAAACACGACCUUGAAGCAAAGCAAGCCUACUCAUCCCUCCAAACAGUCACUCUACUGAGGACAGUGAAACCUGAGUUUGAGAGGUUUUCCAUGGAAGUGAAAAGUUCCGUUCAGAAACAAGGUCUGAACGAGGAUGAUUACGUUAACAUGUUUGUGGAAGGAUUCCAUGAUGCCAUUCUUCUCUAUGCUCUGGCUUUGCGUGAAGUCCUAAAAUAUGGCUUUAGCAAGAAGGAUGGGGAUAAAAUUGUUCAUCAGACACGGAACAGGACAUAUGAAGGCAUUGCAGGGCAGGUAUCCAUCGAUGCCAAUGGAGACCGAUAUGGGGAUUUCUCAGUGAUUGCAAUGACCAACCCAGAAGCAGGCACACAGGAGGUGAUUGGGGACUACUAUGGAAAGCAAGGGCGUUUUGAAAUUCGAUCAAACGUGAAGUAUCCUUGGGGUCCUGGCAAGCUGAGAAUAGAUGAAAACAGAGUUUUAGAGCACACGAACAAUACGCCUUGUAAAUCAUCAGGUGGCCUAGGAGAGUCAGCAGUUACAGGGAUCGUAGUGGGCGCCUUACUUGGAGCAGGAUUACUAAUGGCUUUCUACUUUUUCAGAAAGAAAUACAGAAUAACUAUUGAGAGACGAAGUCAACAGGAAGAGUAUAAUGUGGGCAAGCAUCGGCAGUUACGUGAAGACUCCAUUAGAUCUCAUUUUUCUGCCGCAUAAAGAAG